AUGCCGCGCGAGCAAGAUGAGGAGGGACUGCUGCCCGUUCAGGACAACCCUGAGAAACAUUCGACCACCUGCAAGUGGCUUUCUUGCAUCAGCUUUGUCAUCUUGUUAGCAGCUGUGGUCCUCUUCCGGGGCUCGCAGACACCAAGCACUGCACAUGUUGCAGAUCUUUCAAAGGUGCUCGACGAUUGGGCACCUAGCUCUCGGGACGAGGUUCUACCCAAGAAGAAGUGGGCCAAGGUUUUCCAUGUUCAACAUCCGAACUCUUCACUCGGGUCCAAGCGCUACUACCAGUACUCUCACCACCCAGACUUUGUCAGGGAAAGUGCGGCUAUGGAGGAGCUCUUGAAAUGGCAGAUCUCACAUGAUUGUCCGAAGCAGUCCGUGGGCAUGGACAUGGUCACAAGCCAUGACCUCCCAGUUGUUGAGGAUGUGGCGUCGGCCAGCAUUUGUCAAAAGAUAUGCACCGAAACUGCUGCGUGCGUGGCAUUUGCCUGGGCUUCCCAGCGGAACCGUACCAGAGUGACUGGUCGAUGCUUCCGAAGGGCAUUCAGCAAGCCUUUCGAAGAAGUGCAGCCAUCCAAGAACCCCGACGUUGUCGGAGGCCUGCCUUGCUUUCGCCAAACUGUGAAAGACAGGAUGUGGUGGCCAACGGAAGAGAUGGACUAUUUCGACAUGCCUCAGACGCCUCCAAAGGCACCUUCCCUGCACACCUCAACAGCCAGAACUUUUUGCUUUGCAGUCUUUCUGCCGUACUCGUACGAACAGGAACUACUUGUGAUGCAGUACCGUUUCGGUGCCAACAUUUUCGCAUGCGACCAGAAUGUCAUCUAUAGCUCUGCUCGCCUUGAGCUGGCACCCGGUCUCGUUUCGCGUCAGGUCUCCAGCACCUUGUUGUCUGAGUUGGGCGGCCCCUACAUCACGGUGCUGAACCUGGGCGCCUUCAUGGCAGUGUGGCGACAGGUCCUCCUGGACGGUGACUACCUAGAGUGUGAUUGGACCAUCAAAGCAGAUCCUGAUACGGUCUUCAUUCCCCAGCGCUUGGUGCCGAUCCUGAAGUUGCAGAGCCUGAGCAUGGGAGAGAAUGGGAAGUAUCUGAACAACUGCCAGGAUGGACUUCAUGGCCCUUUGGAAGUAUUCUCGCAGGGGGCGCUGCGAAGCCUUGGGCGCCAUGCCCUUCGAUGCGCUAGGGAGUUGGACGGCGGCGAGGAGUGCUUGGAGCAUUGCGAGAAGUUCUGGGCUUUCGACUACGUGGAAAAAUGCAAUGGACAUUGCACAAAGUGGUGGGGUGAGGAUAUUUGGAUGGAUCAGUGCUUGUCACGAUUUGCUGACGUGACACGGGUUUUUGUGCCGAAGCUCCUGAUUGAGGACCACUGCCACCCCAAGCCAGGCUGGAGAAACUGCCUUGACCCGGACACGGUGGCUUUUCAUCCGUUUAAGAGUUUGCAUGAAUAUGAGACUUGCCUGGGGGCUGCUCUCAACAGGCAGGUACUGCUCUAG